AUGCAAAUACUGAAUACAGAGGAGGAACACCCACCCUUCCACCUUCGAAUCGCAGAAUAUGAUGUUGAUGAGAGGGGAGAACCGUCGACAGAACCGUGGAGAGAUCCGUCGGGAGAAGCGUUGAGAGACCGGUCGAGAGAUCCGUCAAAGAAAUCCGGUGGAGAAGAGAGGAGAAGCCUCGGGAGGAGAUCCGUCGGUGGAGAAGAGAGGAGAAGCCUCGGGAGGAGAUCCGUCGGUGGAGAAGAGAGGAGAAGCCUCGGGAGGAGAUCCGUCGGUGGAGAAGAGAGGAGAAGCCUCGGGAGGAGAUCCGUCGGUGGAGAAGAGAGGAGAAGCCUCGGGAGGAGAUCCGUCGGUGGAGAAGAGAGGAGAAGCCUCGGGAGGAGAUCCGUCGGUGGAGAAGAGAGGAGAAGCCUCGGGAGGAGAUCCGUCGGUGGAGAAGAGAGGAGAAGCCUCGGGAGGAGAUCCGUCGGUGGAGAAGAGAGGAGAAGCCUCGGGAGGAGAUCCGUCGGUGGAGAAGAGAGGAGAAGCCUCGGGAGGAGAUCCGUCGGUGGAGAAGAGAGGAGAAGCCUCGGGAGGAGAUCCGUCGGUGGAGAAGAGAGGAGAAGCCUCGGGAGGAGAUCCGUCGAGAAGAGAAACCUCGGGAGGAGAUCCGUCGGUGGAGAAGACAGGAGAACCGUCGGGAGGAGAUCGAAGAGAGGAGAUUCGUCGGUCGAGAAGAGAGGAGAUCGAAGAGAGGCGAUUCGUCGGUCGAGAAGAAGAAAAGACGAGAAAAUCAAAUCACAACACUUACCCAAAUCGAUUAUCUCCUCCCCGGUUUCAUCGCCCAAUCACACCAAGCCACAUAUCACCUAA